GAUGGCGGCUUCCUCUGUGUGCCGGGCGGGGUGCGCGGUCGGGCGGGCCCUGCUGCGGGGUCCUCGUCCCUCCGCAGCUUUAUUGACUUUGACAAGGAACCGAGGUGCUGCCACCUAUGCCCAGACACUCCAUAAUAUCCCUGAGACCCAAGUCACCACUCUGGACAAUGGUCUCCGUGUAGCUUCAGAGGAGUCCAAUCAGCCAACAUGUACGGUGGGUGUGUGGAUCAAGGUGGGGAGCCGCCAUGAAGAUGAGAAGAACAAUGGGGCUGGUUAUUUCCUGGAACAUCUCGCCUUUAAGGGCACAAAGAAGCGUCCUUGCGCUGCCUUUGAGAAGGAGGUGGAGAGUAUGGGUGCUCACCUGAAUGGGUACACCUCACGGGAGCAGACUGCAUAUUACAUAAAAGCCUUAUCCAAGGACAUGCCUAAAGUUGUAGAGCUUCUGGCUGACCUUGUGCAGAACUGUGCGCUGGAGGAGUCUCAGAUCGAGAAGGAACGUGGCGUCAUCCUUCAGGAGUUAAAAGAAAUCGACAGCAACUUGACGGAUGUUACCUUUGAUUACCUUCAUGCCACUGCUUUCCAGGGGACUGCACUGGCCCGCACUGUCGAGGGGACCACAGAGAACAUAAAGCAUCUGACUCGAGCAGAUCUAGCUUCAUAUGUUGAUACUCACUUCAAGGCACCUCGUAUGGUCCUGGCAGCUGCUGGAGGUAUUUCCCACAAAGAGCUGGUAGAUGUAGCUAGGCAACACUUCAGUGGAGUGCCUUUUACGUACAAAGAGGAUGCUGUGCCUGUCCUCCCGCGCUGUCGCUUCACAGGGAGUGAGAUCCGUGCCAGAGAUGAUGCUCUGCCUGUUGCCCAUAUUGCUCUUGCCGUGGAGGGGCCAGGAUGGACUGAUCCGGACAACAUUGUCCUCAAUGUGGCUAAUGCUAUCGUUGGACGCUAUGACCGCACAUUUGGAGGUGGUAAGAAUCAGUCCAGCAGGCUGGCUGCGCUUGCUGUGGAGCAUAAUCUCUGCCACAGUUUCCAGACGUUCAACACCUCUUACUCUGAUACCGGCCUCUUUGGUUUCCAUUUUGUUUCUGAUCCUCUGUCCAUAGAUGAUAUGCUAUAUUGUGCUCAGGGGGAGUGGAUGCGUCUGUGCACUAGUACCACAGAGUCAGAGGUGGAGAGAGCCAAGAACUAUCUCCGAAAUGCCAUGGUGGCUCAACUGGAUGGUACUACACCAGUUUGUGAGAAUAUUGCAAGCCAUCUCUUAAAUUAUGGACGCCGUAUCCCUCUGGAGGAAUGGGAUGCCAGGAUUGCUGCUGUUGAUGCAAGAAUGGUGAGAGAGAUCUGCAGUAAAUACAUUUAUGACAAAUGCCCGGCAAUUGCAGCAGUUGGUCCCGUUGAACAGCUCUUGGAUUACAACCGUAUCCGCAGUGCCAUGUACUGGAUCCGUUUCUAGGACAUGUCCCUGCAGGUUGGAAAUAGUGAAGCUGUGGACUGUGACAGGUUCCCUCUGGCUCUGAAUGUCUUGUGCACCAGGGGCAAGAUGAGUCCUAUCAAAAUGGCUCAGUGUUAAAUGUAUAAAAAUAAAUAUAUCCUAUAUGGAGUUGGUUCUGCUGGGA